GGCUCGUUGACGUUAGCUGCUGUUUGCAGGUUCGUGUAUCGACCCAGACAAAAAUAAACGACAUGAAAACAGUUUUGAGUUAGUUUACCUGUAAUAACACAGCCGUAUACGCUUUAAAACGUGAGGAAUUAGUUAACAAGAAGAAUUACAAGGUGAAAUGGAGCCUCUUGAUCCUCCCAGGAAUGAUGAAAGCAGUGGAUUCUCCAAGAGGCGCAUUUCUUCAAUUUUAAAAGCACCUCGGAAAUCGAUCAUAUUCCCUGACCCAGUACAACAGGAGCGUGUGGUGGAGUGUGCCAAACCAGUGGAAAAGAGGAAUUCCAGAAGAGUCAGCUUUGCCCCUGCCAACGAUGUUCUCCUGUUCUCAAACGAUGUGAAAAAUGCCUCUCCUGUCCGAAGUCCUUUACAGGAUUUAACACCGUUCGCAGCUGCAGCCACACAAAAUAGGGUCCAGGUGGUGGUCACUGAAGAUGGGAUUCAACAAAUUACAGGAAUGGAAACCCUCUUGAAUGCUCCUCUGCAUGCUUCUCAACAAAGGGAUACGGUCAACUUUGGUCUUGGGAAUGACUUUGGGGAGAAGACAGUGAUGUUUUCGACUGAUGAUGCAUUCAUGGACAUGACCCAAAGUCACACUAUAAACAUUGCCAAUGAUGCAGACAUACUCGCAGACAUUUCCAUUCAAAACUUUGACAUUUUACCCACUAGCAGAGACAAAACAGUGAUGUUCUCUGCAGAUGAUGGAUCCAUGGAUAUGACCUUAAGUCAUACUAUGAGCAAGGCAAGUGGGUUAGUAUCACUUCCCACUAGCAGAAACAUGGAUUUAGGUGCAGAAAACAGCAAAAUAUCUUCGUCAGUGCCUUGUUUGGAUGCUGGAUUUGAAGACUUCCUCGCCAGCCUCUUUAAACCAAAUGGCCCAAGUGUUAAUCCUGCAGGAACAACCACUACGGAAACAAACAGCUCGCUGGCCCAGAUUAAAACGCAACAAUCCGAUGUGGAUAAAGAGAAUCAGGCCCCAACAUCUGUUUCUGCUGUGAUGGGGAAGUCACCCAACAUAUCCAGGAAGACUGAUGAAUUAUCUUAUGGAAGUGCCCUCUGUCCAACGGAUGACAUGGAUUUGACUGAAGCGCAGACAGGCCAUAUUCAGGGAUUUGCUGAUGAUGAUGGUCCCUUUCAGUGUCAUCUUCCCAUGCAAGAAGCGUACUCCCAGCCUGACAGCAGAAUGUCACAGACAGCAGUGUCCAAACAAACGCAUAGCAGUGGAAUGCUGGCAUCAUUCAACCCUAAAGGUAUCACAUCCUUGACGAAUCCUUCUCUACACGCUUCUCAUCAAAGACACAAGGUCAACCUUGCGACAAAAGAUGACUGCAUAGAGAAAACAAUAGUGUUCACUGCAGGUAAUGAGUUCAUGGACAUGACUCAGAGUCACACGGUGAACAUUGACAGUGGUUCAUUAGCUCCUCCAAAGCAAAAUUGCAUCAGUGGAAAAGUGGACAAUGCUUCAGCGCUGAUGGGGAGAAAACAUGAAACUUGUGGUUUGCCUGGCUCAUCAGCAAAUUGUUUGGAUCAAGGAUUUAAACACUUCAUUUCAGGUCUCUCCAAAACAAGUACCACCAGUAGUAACCCUGUGAAUGCCAGAAUGGUUCCUCCUGCUGCAGCAUUCGCAAAGGGAACUGUCGACACAAACAGCCUCCUGUCACAGCCUAAAACUGAUGUUGGUAAAGAAAAUCGAUCACUGAAUACAGCCAGGAGCUUUGGAGAGCUGUUAACUGCGGGUACAAUCUGUCCUGAAAAUGAUGUCAGCAUGGAUAUGACUGAGGCUCAGACAGGCCGGAUUGAAGGAUUCUUUAGCUCAGAGGAUCUUUUUCAGUCUAUUCCCACAGACAUGUACCCCACAGCAGAGAUGACCUCAGAGCCAAAUAACAGUGAAGCAUUUGGAUCAUCUAAACAUACAGGUGUGGAAACCUCACUGAAGCCAUCCUUAAAGACAAAGUUACAAAGACAUCAGGUUAAAUUUGAUGCUGAAGAUGACUACAGAGAGAAAACAGUCAGGUUUUCUGCAGAUGAUGCAUGUAUGGAUGUGACACAAAGUCACACUGUAAACAUUGCCACUGAUUUAGAACUGCAUUCAUGCAAAAAUGUGGACUUGCAACCUGACUCUGGAGAGAAGACAGUGAGGUUCACUGCAAAUGAUGCCGCAAUGGAUGUGACACAAAGUCAUACUGUAAACAUCGUCACUGAUUUUGACCCACGUUUACAUCAAAACUUGGACCUUGUGCCUGCUUAUGGUGAGAGGACAGUAAGAUUUACUGCAAAUGAUGCUGCAAUGGAUGUGACACAAAGUCACACUGUAAACAUUGUCACUGGUCUUGAACCACAGUCACAUCAAAACGUGGACCUUGUGCCUGUUUAUGGAGAGAAGACAGUGAGGUUCACAGCAAAUGAUGCUGCAAUGGAUGUGACACAAAGUCACACUGUAAACAUCGUCACUGAUUUCAACCCACAAUCACAUCAAAAUGUGGACCCUGUACCUGCUUGUGGAGAAAAGACAGUGAGAUUUACUGCAAAUGAUGCAGCCAUGGAUGUGACGAGAAGUCACACAAUCAACAUUUCCACUGAAUUAGAUCCAAGGUCACAUAAAAAUCUGGACUUUCUACUGCCUUGUGGAGAAAAAACAUUGAGGUUCACUGCUAAUGAUGCAGCCAUGGAUGUGACGCAAUGUCACACUGUAAAUAUUGUCACUGACUUCGACCCACAGUUGCAUCCCAAUCGCAGCACGUUGCAUGCUCGUGAAGAGAAAACAGUGAGGUUCACUGCAAACGAUGGAGCUAUGGAUGUGACACAAAGUCACACUGUAAAUAUUGCCAGCAAUUCAGUGUCCAAUUCAGUUCUUCCACACAGAGAUUCUAACAUUUUAUCCGCCAGUGAAAAUGUGGAUUUUUCUUUAUCUGUGAAGAAAAGAGAGAGCGAGACUCGUCGUCCACGUAGAAACCAAUCUUCAUCAGCUCAAACUUUGGAUCCAGGAUUUAAAAACUCCCUAUCCAGGAUGAGUGGUCCCUGGGCUAAUCCUUUGAUCACCAAAGCAGUGGCUCGUGAUGCACUGACCCCUCCAGAAACUGAAGACGCAAAUGGCAAAAAACAGAAGUGUGAAGUCCAUACCGAAAAUGAUGCUCCAAGUUCUGCUUCAGCUGUCUUGCAGAGUCCAAAAGAUAAAACCAUGACAAGGGACGAUCUAAGCAUGGCUAUGACUGAAGCUCACACAGGCCACGAUAUAGGACAAACCUGUACAGAUGAGUCACCUCAAUGCCUUUCUUCCACACAGGACUUGUCUGUUAAUUCUGAUCAUUUGAAUAAAACAGAGAUGGCUGCACCACAAAGAAAUGGAGCAUUGGGAUCAUCUAGCCCAGAAGGUGUGGAAAUCACAACUCAUUCAUAUUCUCUUGACUUAAAUGAAACUGAUAACGGGAAGAAAGCUGAACCUACAGAUCAAAGUUGUUCACCUAGUGCUAUUCACCAUGAUGAUGAUGGCGAUACAGUGCCUUCACAGAAGUCUAGGCGAAAGAGUUUUGCUGAUCUCCAUUCUAAAAUAAGGCGUUUGAGCCACAUGAUAAACACAGUUCCUGAAACCAUUGCCAUGGAAAGCUGCACAGCAUCUUUGCCUCAGCCAGAACACAACCAAGACAAAACUCAAUCCCGACCUGUAAUGGAGCCUGAACUGGAAAUGGGCUCAGCAGACACUGAAGAAGAUGCACAAGAUCAAUGUGUUUUGGAAGAAGAACAACCUUCUACUACUUCCACAACUCCGUUCAACUUGAAGACUAAACAACUCAUAUCUAGACUGUCAGUGGGAGGCUUUAAGCCAAAACUCCCCCAAAGAAGCAAACCAGAUGAGCCAAACAAAGUGAAUUCAGUUGGAGAACGUACAAGAACAGUCACUGUCAAUGUCACUAAUCAACUGAACAACUUUGACGAUGAUGUGAGCGACAUUUACGAUGAAGAGCUUGGUAGCAUUGAAGAUAUGUCAGAAAUACUGGACACAAAGAGUCCCCGGAGAGCCCAGGAAAAAGUGAGUCCUUCCAAGGAGCUCUACGUGGAUGGGCCUUUAGAGGAUAAUGUAUUCGAAGAGGAGUUGAUUAGAGAUGUCCAAGGCCAAAAGAGACCUUUGCCAGUAGAUGAAAAUGAUACAGAGACUGAGAAGAGAAUGAGAGGAUCCAGUGAGACUGCCACCUAUGAACUGGAAACACAGUCUCAUCCUGUUGAGUGUGACAGUAACAUUACUACAGCUUCAUGCGUAAACACACAGACCACAGAUGACUCCAGCAGCAGUCACACGGCCACAAUCAAAUGUGAAGCUACUUUUGAAUCAACUUUCAGACAAAGUCUGUUUGAAUCCCAGCUCGAAGACUACGCCAGUGAUAUGCAGAGGAAAGUCGAUGAUGGCACCAUCACAGUGUUGGAGUUCUUUAAGCUCUUCAACAUAGAUUUUGUCAUCCAUAAUCCUCGGCAGAGUGUCCUCCCUGGGAGACUUUUGUCAGACUCCGAUCGUACAUCGAUGGAUUUAUUAAAAGAAAGGCAUAUCAACCGUCCAAAACAGGUGGUGUAUCAGACAGAUGUCCUGAACCUUACAGAGAAGGUGGAGGGGUUGAAGGAGCGAAUGCGGGAUCUAGACAGACCACUGAAACUUGUCAAUGGACCUCUGUGGGAAGAAAUAAGAAAUUCUUCAGAGAAAGAGCUCAAAUCUUUUGGUGCAAAGCUGAAAGAGAGAAACAACUUGUUCAGAAAGAUGAGCAAAAUUCAGUCACAUGAAAUGAAGGAGGUGCUGUACUCAAAUCUUGUGCAGGCAAAUCUGGAGGAGCAACAGAGGUUGAGAGGAACAAUUGACGAAGCAGAUGAGAUGAUAAAAAGUUUGGAUGACUGUAUUCGUGAAUUAGAAACAGAAGUCGCUGCAGUUGAAGAAAAAGGCGUUGACAACAAAUUAAGUCUGAAGUCACUUCAGGAAGAAAUGCAGAAAGUCACUGAGGCUUUGGUGAAUAAUGAGCGAGAGAUAACCGAACUGGAGAUGCAGAAGAAGCAGAAUUCAAAUAAACGGAACAGGCUGAAAGCUGAGACGAUGAACCUUGAGAGGCACAUCACUGCGCUGCAUUUGGUGAAUGAAUGGAAGUUUGCAGAGAAGAAAGACCAGUGCACAGUCUACACUUUCCUCCAUGAGACCUUCCAUCUACAGUUGGUGUUUGAAAAAUCAAAUGGAAAUGAAGCUGAUAAUCAGUCUGAUCGGAAAAUAUCACACAUCACAUUCAAACAUCAACUUGAUGAUGAGAAGUCACAGGGUCAUGCCUGCCUUGUUCACAAGCUACUCUCUCAGUACAUCGAUGGAAAAUCUGACUGGGUGGAGAAGUAUCCGACAAGCAGACAUGUUCCAAAGCUGCUCCACGACGUGGGCCUGGUGGUGGGUCGCUGUCGUCUCCUGGGAGAAGAAUUGCGUCUGCUGAACAUGUGGGGAGGUCUAAGGCUCGAUAUUCUUGACCUCAGCUGUGUGGACACCCAAGUGCACAUCAUCUUCAGCAGUCUCAAGAAACUUUCCAAAUUUGAGGUGAUCUUCUCUGUCAGUUUGACCGACCACCUCUGCGUCCUUCAAGUGCAGAACUUCAAAAACAUGAUUGGAGGAACAACGAUCCAACAAAUUGAGGAGGUCGUUUCAUCGUUCACUCCAGGCAAGAAUCAACUGACAAAGAUCGUCAAAAAGAUUCAUCAAGAUCUGCUCUGUUGAGACCAGGGAUGUUGAUUUGUUUGUAAUCAAACUCUUUUGUACAAAUGUUGUAAAAUUAAGAAAACUUCCAAAUCUAUUAAAUUACUUUUCCAUUUUUUUUUAAAUAAAAACAAUAUAGUGUA